CAAUGGUUCUACGGGUUCAACCCACCGGUCAUCUGUAUCUGGACUGGUCGCGUAAGUACUGUGUGCAUCGGGAGCUCGUAUCGAAACUUGCCAUCCAUCAACUUGAAGCCGUUCGCUUCUUGUACACUCAGUUACAUGAGUAUACCGGAAUAUUCUUGAACGAUGAAUCAGGCCUCGGUAAAUGUUAUCAGACGGUCGCAUUCCUAUCGGCCCUCGCCGUAACCGAGGACCAUUCCCUCAUCUUGUGCCCAACCCACGAUCGCCUCCACCACUGGAGGUACCAUCUGGACGUGUUGGCACCUUCGUUACGCACCAAAGUACAGCCAAAAUCUUACCUGGACAUUAGCAGCGAGCAAUCGACCCUACGAGAGACCGAUUGGCAGUAUGUGGUGGUGGACGAAACACGAGAAUUUAUGAGCGAAAAGCAGCUAGAAACGCUUCGUUCUCUGGCGGUGAAGCGAUAUAUCUUUGUAUGUUCGGUAGAUUUGCUUGAACAGCUGGAUGUGUUGCUAAAGCGGCUCGAUUUUUGUUACCCUCGCGAUCCGACCCAUCUACGGAAGGUGAUUGAGCAGCAGCAAAAGCAACGUUCGAAAAAAGGAAGCUUCAAGGUGUAUCUAUGCACGAGACUAUUCAUACUAAGACGACACGCUAGCAAUUACCGUCGAACGCUUCCACUGAUUGAAAGGAGAGCAUUUGUUGAGCAUUUUCGAGCUUGGAGUGUAGCGAAUAAUAUAGAAGUUCCUAUCGAUGUGACACCCGCCACUCCGGAAGCUUCCCGAGAGGACAACAAUUCAACAGCAUCGAGUAUUGGUCCGCUUAGCAAAACGAUGACACCGGAUGCAAUGGGUCAAGAACAACCUGGUGAGCAGGAUGACACACCACUCUCCCCCGUCCGUUGUGGGCAGGGUGACAACCCAGCAAAGCAAACAUCUCCGGAUCAUGCAAACGAAGCAGUACCGCUUCACUACGUCGACAGCGAACCACUUUUCGAACCGAAUGAAACCAACACGGAACUAAUGCCGGCAUUGCGCAUCGAAUCGGACACACUGUCGGAAUACAAUUCCAUCCCCGAAACGAGUGGAACCAUCCCGGAAACGGCACCCGAUUCUCAAGGCUACAUGCAGUUCGGGCAGGAGAUAUUAAGCCACGGAUAUUCCUCAUCCCAACCGUCGCAACAAGCGCUUGCCACCGAGCGGUAUCGAUUCCCUAUCGAAAAGUUUCUCCGUAGUCAGGGCCAGCUAAAGUCGUCUAGCUCAUCGCUAAGUGUGGAAAGCAUCCCGAACGGACAGCCGGUUCCACCGGUGACGGAAAUCGUUAUCAGUUCAUCCGAUUCGCCGCAACCCAUCGCCAAAUCACCUCCCCUGUUCGACGAUUCCGAUCAUGACACAAAAUCGCUCAACUCUUGCUCCUCGGAUGAUGAUGAUGAUUCGCUGAUGGAACUGUUGGCCACUUCACGCACCAUGCCACCGAUCGAGAUUGGAGGCGAUCGUGUCCCAUCGCCAAGCAUUGUACCUCGACGGCAUCCUUCCUUCAGUACACCGAUAACGAAGCUAAUGUUUGGCCCUUUGGCUGGAGCGGACGGUGUGUCGCAACAGCUGGAAUUGGGCAAUGUGUCAUCGGUGGACAUUUUUGCUGAAUCGCUGGUAGGAGCCGCUCCUGCCGCCGCCGGAGACAAUGCGGAUAAUGUGUUCGAAAUAACGAAAAACAACGCUUUUCCCAAUCGGAUCAUUGUACACGACGAGGAGGAUGGUAACGCAUCCCUACAGCUGGUGGAUGAUUCGAGCAAUGACGAGGUGCAGAUAGUGGACGUAACGGAAGGAAGAAUUAUUAAUCUAAUUGAAGAUGUGGUGAGUACUCCGGAAUCACCCGACCAGCUCAAAAAGGCGGUUGUGUGUCAAAAGACACCACCAAGUGGCGGUGGCAUAAAUCGGAUGCUUUCUCCCGGUCGUGGAUGGUUAGGGAAAGGACUUCGGACGGCAUCGGUUUCACCGGCCAGUGGAAAAAACUCACCGUCCACAAGCGGUAAACCAUCGCCGGUUCGGGCGGGAUGUAGUAGCAGUGGUGGUGGUGGUGUUGCUGGUACAAAAGGGAAGACCCCAAUCGUAAGGGAUGCUAAAAGGCGACGCAAGUUGGACGAUGUGUUCCAAACGGUACACGAUACGAAGCGUGGCCGUAACAGUCAGAGAAGAGGAUCGGGAAAAUGA